CUCAGAUGGUCCUCCAAAAUCCAAUCCGCACUUUCCUCCUAGGAAUAUCUUCUAAUUGCUAAUGACCUUUAAAGCUGACUGCCCUAAAGAGGGAGAGUUGGCUUCGAAAGCCUCAAUGACUAUAGCAUUUCUUUAGGCACUGAGCUGCCGGCUUCACGCAAUGUCGUCGAUUCCAGCGGAGACCCGUUCAGGCUGGUCGUGGCCAGAAGAAGCCUCCGCGGGACCAUCUACUGAGCAAAAAGCACCUCUGCCGGGAUCAUUUGAAGAUGAAGAAUGGGACAAGCCUGAGGAGAGAUCCACGGCGAGUGCAAAUGGAACGAAUCCGACUCCCAACCGCCAGAGACAUUAUCCACCACGAACGUGCAGAAUAUGUUUGGAGACCAUACUACCAACAUUCGAACCUGCUCCGGAAGGUGUUGCAUCAAUGCUCAAUCCAACGCCGAGCGUAUCUUAUAUCUCCUCAGAUCCAGCGGCUGGCCGGCUCAUUCGACCUUGCAAGUGCAGCGGUUCGAGUCGAUACGUACACGAAGGCUGUUUACAAGCGUGGAGGCAUGCCGAUCCAGGAUACCCUCGCAGAAAUUAUUGGGAAUGUCCGACCUGCGGAUUUCGGUAUAGGCUGGAACGUAUGAGAUGGGCUCGCUGGAUUAAUAGCACCUUUUUACCACUUUUGCUUACGGUUGCCAUUAUGUUCACAGCAGUCUUUGUAUUUGGAUUUAUUGCAGACCCAAUUAUCAAUCUUUACCUCGACCCUCUGGACACAAUCACCUCAAUACCGUCAGGAGGACCGGCUUCGCUACACUUCGAAGACAGCGAUGCUGCAUCAUGGGCGGAGCACUUCCUCAAGGGAAUGGCAUCUAUUGGUCUCCUUGGUGUCGUGAAAGUCUUUUUUACAUCUCCCUGGCACUGGUGGAAUCUACGCCAGACUAGGGUAUUGGGAGUCGGUGGUCGAAGGGGUGGGACAGGGAGAGAUCGCUUAGAGGACAUUUCAUGGACAUUGGUUUUUGUUGGUCUCAUCACAUUCUUAUUGGCCGUAUGGAAAUGGGUCCAUGCUUGGAGUCGAAGAGCGCUUGAGAAAGCCGGUGAACGUGUUGCUGAUGUUCAAGGAGAUGACGAUGACUUCGAAGAACAACCAGGUGCCAGUGGCUCGGCUACAGCAAAUUCAGAAAGUGAAACUCCGAACACACAAUAGCAUAUCAAAGAUCCGCGUUUUCCAGGAAAGUCCUGGAAUAUUUGUAAAUCGGGCGAGUCCACUAAUUAACAAUUAUUAUGAGGUCGAACGCCUUGGUUUAAAGUGUCACGGUGAC